UAGCGGCCUCUAGCGGCACAUCGCACUAACAGCAGUUAGGAGUUCCAGUCGGCUCUUACUGGUCUCAGAUAUUAUUCGAAAUUCAAGAUGGCUAUGUGUCACGAUGGUUUCUUGAAUUGUUGUCGUUAAGUAACUUUAUUUGUUUUAUGUGAAAAAGAGUGAAUCUUCACAAUGGCUGACUUAAGUGUUGAUAUGUCGAAUUUGCCCGAUGAGAUAAGAGAUAAAUUGGCGGAGUUAGAUUUGGAGUUAUCCGAAGGUGACAUCACACAGAAGGGGUAUGAGAAAAAGCGAACGCGCCUCUUAACACCGUUCAUUUCUCAGCAACAGCCGCAGGAAUGUGUAGUGGAGCCGGCGAGCAGCCAGUUCCCGCGAGGACCGCGCGGCGACGCCGCCAGCAGUCGGCAGCACACCAGGAAUCGACGCACACAUCGUCGCGUCACGCACAAUGAGAAGAGAUACCACUCAGAGGUGAGACAGGAGGCGGUACAACAGGCUCUGGCCGAGAUGCAGAAUAGGCCGAAGCCAUCGCUGCCUAUGCCAUCCAAACGCACUUCGAUGAUGGCCAAGAGCCCCGAUAGAGAACGACAUGAUCUAUCGUCUUCGUCGGACGAGGACUCAUGCACCGGUGACGCCGAGCUCCCCCCACCACCAGAGCUUGGAUCUCCUCCCGCGCGUCGCCCUAUCCAACCGCACUCCCGUGCGCAUCCGCACCCUCUCCCUCAGCUGCAUCAUCAGAGAGAUCGGGACAGAGAACGGGAGCGAGAGAAGAAGCACCCUCCGAAAGAGAGAACAGAGCUUGACCUCUCAGAGUUCACGCAUUUGCCAGCAUAUGUCCAACCAGAUGUUACCAAUGCCACGGCGGCGUCGAGACGCGGUGGAGCCCUCGUUGCUGAUCGGGUGCAGUGCUACGCGCAAGCUGAAGACACCGGCACCGGCACUGGGAGAUGGAAGGUAUCCGCUAAGAUUCAGCAACUUCUUAACACGCUGAAGCGACCAAAACGUCGACCCCUACCGGAGUUUUAUGAGGACGACGACAUCGAACUCGAGCUGGCGGCUAACCCUAAAGAUCCCAACGCUCCAAAGCCCGAAGGAGGCACCAUGACACCGGCAGUUGGUGAACAACUAGUGGUGCCGGCUGGCUUACCCAGGAACCUGGAGGCUGCUCUCCAGAGAUAUGGCACUGCUUCGUUUAAGGCUAACAUGGCAACUGUGCUCGAUCCGAAUGGGAAGCUCAGUAAUUCCCUUACAUAUGGAAAGCUCUUAAGCCGCUCAUUGAAAAUUGCUCACGCAUUGCUCAACAAAACAUUUACAUCCAAGGCCAGCAGCGGUGGGCCCAUGAGCGGAGACAACUCCAUAAAGCUUGGGGAUCGAGUUGCUCUGGUGUACCCAAACAACGAUCCGAUUAACUUCAUAUGCGCGUUCUACGGAUGCCUACAAGCUGGAAUAGUUCCAGUUCCGAUUGAAGUUCCACUCACUCGUCGCGACGCCGGCCUUCAGCAAGUCGGCUUUCUGCUCGGUUCCUGUGGAAUACAAUAUGCGCUCACUUCAGAUGCGUGUCUUAAAGGCCUACCAAAGACCUCAUCCGGUGACGUGGUCUCGUUUCGCGGUUGGCCGUCCCUACAUUGGGUGUCGACCGAGAAACUGCCGCGUCCGCCGCGCGACUGGAUCCCGCCUCCUCGUCCGGCUGAUGAAUGUCCAGCGCACAUCGAACACACCUCCGCCGCUGACGGAUCCGCAAUGGGAGUUAUCGUUACCAGGGCUUCAAUGCUGGCGCACUGUCGGAUGCUCUCGGUGGCCUGCAACUACACCGAGGGUGAGCACAUGGUGUGCGUGCUAGACUUCAAGCGCGAGACCGGUCUGUGGCACGCCGUCCUCGCGAGCGUCCUAAACGGGAUGCACGUCAUCUUCAUACCGUACGCUCUGAUGAAGGUCAGCCCCGCUUCGUGGAUGCACAUGAUCACCAAGCACAGGGCAUCGAUCGCCAUUGUUAAGUCCCGCGAUCUGCACUGGGGUUUGUUGGCCACACGCGACCACAAGGAAAUCUCGUUGAGCUCGCUGCGGAUGCUGUUAGUUGCGGACGGAGCAAAUCCGUGGUCAUUGUCAUCGUGUGAUCAGUUCCUCUCUGUAUUCCAAAGCAAGGGAGUCCGCGGAGACGCGAUAUGUCCGUGCGCCUGCAGCAGCGAGUCGAUGACGGUGUGCAUCCGUCGUGCCGGACGUGGCGGAUCCUCGGCCGGGCGAGGAGUACUCUCCAUGUCGGGACUCUCGUACGGAGUCGUGAGGGUAGACGCGGAAAACUCCCUCACAUCGCUCACAUUGCAGGACUGCGGUCAAGUUAUGCCCUCGUGCGUUAUCGUCGUCGUGAAAAUGGAAGGCCCCGCGUAUCUAUGCAAAACUGAUGAAGUGGGUGAAAUCUGUGUACUCUCCGGAGCGACUGGGUCCGGCUACUGGGGCCUGCCGGGUCUGACCAACACCGUAUUCCGCGUCAGGCCCUUGGAUUCCGACGGGGAACCGAUCGGAGAGGAGCACUACGUCAGGAGCGGACUCUUGGGAUUUCUGGGACCCGGUGGUCUAGUGUUCGUGUGCGGAUCUCGCGACGGUCUCAUGACGGUAACCGGCCGCAAGCACAACAUGGACGACAUCAUAGCGACGGUGCUCGCCGUCGAACCGAUGAAGUUCAUAUACCGGGGACGCAUAGCUGUGUUCUCGGUGCGGGUGUUGCGAGACGAGCGUAUAUGUAUUGUGGCCGAACAGCGACCGGACUGCGGCGAAGAAGAGUCAUUCCAGUGGAUGUCCCGCGUCCUGCAAGCCGUCGACUCGAUACACCAAGUGGGGAUAUACUGCCUCGCGCUCGUUCAACCGAACUUCCUGCCCAAAACUCCGCUCGGCGGGAUCCAUUUGAGCGAGUGCAAACGAAGAUUCCUCGAGGGCACGCUGCACCCGUCCAACGUGCUGAUGUGCCCGCACACGUGCGUCACCAACCUGCCCAAACCAAGGGAGAUACAUUCAGAUGUAGGUCCGGCAUCCGUGAUCGUGGGGAACUUGGUACAAGGAAAUCGACUCGCGUCGGCGCAGGGCCGCGACAUGGGAUACACUGACGAUUCUGAUGCUGCCCGAAAGUAUCAGUUCAUAUCUCAAAUCCUGAGAUGGCGAGCUCAAAGUACAUCGGAUCACGUGAUAUUCACACUCCUCAACGCGAAGGGAGCGGUUUCCAAAGUCCUGACCUGCGCUGAACUACACAAAAAAGCCGAAAGGAUCGGCAACUUGCUGCUAGAGAAAGGUCGAGUUAAUACCGGGGAUCACGUCGCUUUGAUAUUUCCGCCGGGAUUGGAUCUCAUCUGCGCCUUCUACGGGUGCCUCUAUGUGGGCGCCGUACCCGUCACCAUACGUCCGCCACACCCACAAAACUUACACACCACUUUACCAACGGUCCGAAUGAUUGUCGACGUCAGUAAGGCCACGCUGGUCCUAUCGAACCAAUCUGUGAUAAAACUCCUGCGUUCGAAGGAGGCUAGCAACGUUCUGGACAGCAAGGCCUGGCCGAUGACGCUGGACACAGACGACAUGCCGAAGAAGAAGCUCCCUAUAAUGUAUCGCGCUCCCACCGCCGAAAUGCUCGCGUACCUGGACUUCAGCGUGUCGACCACUGGCAUGCUUGCCGGCAUUAAGAUGUCCCAUGCGGCCGUUACCUCGCUCUGCCGCUCUAUGAAAAUCGCUUGCGAAUUAUAUCCGUCGCGGCACAUAGCUCUCUGUCUGGACCCGUACUGCGGCCUCGGUUUCGCGCUUUGGUGCCUUAGCAGCAUUUAUUCGGGACACCACUCGAUCCUAAUCCCACCUUCGGAAGUGGAGGUCAAUCCUGCUCUGUGGCUCAGCGCUGUCUCUCAAUACAAAGUACGAGAUACGUUCUGUUCGUAUGGUGUCAUGGAGCUCUGCACGAAGGGGCUCGGCAGCUCCGUGAACCAGCUCAAGUCGAAGGGCAUCAACCUGGCUUGCGUCCGGACUUGUGUCGUCGUUGCUGAAGAACGUCCUCGAAUCAAUUUGACGAAUUCGUUCUCGAAGUUGUUCUCAGCUCUCGGACUGAGUCCACGAGCCGUCUCCACAUCGUUUGGAUGUCGCGUUAACAUAGCCAUAUGUCUGCAAGGCGCAUCCAGUCCCGAACCCUCGACCGUGUACGUUGACUUAAGAGCUUUGAGGAACGAUCGCGUGUCCCUUGUGGAACGCGGCAGCCCACACUCUCUGUGUCUGAUGGAGUCAGGAAAACUCUUGCCGGGAGUUAAAGUCAUCACAGCUAAUCCGGAAACCAAGGGCCAGUGUGGGGACUCGCACUUGGGCGAAAUUUGGGUACAGUCACCUCACAACGCCAGCGGGUACUUCACGAUAUACGGCGACGAGAGCGAUUACGCGGACCACUUCAGCGCUCAGCUCGUUACCGGGAACACGGGCGAAGUGUACGCCAGGACCGGGUACCUUGGAUUUUUGAGGCGAACGGAAAUCAGCUCGGUGAAUACGAGCCUGGACGACUCUUCUUCGAUGCUACCGCGUGAUAGUGACACGGAUUCACUAGCCUCGGCCUGCGGGAGCGUCAGCAUACUACCAGACUCUCACGACACACACGACGCGGUGUUUGUGGUGGGAGCCCUCGACGAGACCAUCAUGCUGCGCGGCAUGCGCUACCAUCCCAUCGACAUAGAGAACUCGGUAAUGAGAUGCCACAAGAAAAUCGCUGAAUGCGCCGUGUUCACUUGGACGAACCUGCUCGUGGUGGUGGUCGAGUUGGACGGCAACGACAGCGAGGCACUGAACCUGGUCCCCCUCGUGACCAACACCGUCCUCGAGGAGCACCACCUGAUCGUGGGCGUGGUCGUGGUGGUCGACCCCGGGGUCGUGCCGAUCAACUCUCGUGGCGAGAAACAGCGCAUGCACCUACGCGACGGCUUCCUAUCCGAUCAGAUCGAUGCGAUAUAUAUCGCUUACAACAUGUAAACAUACGGUACCUUGUCGGGGCGUUCGAUGAUACGUAAUUACAAACGUGAGCCGCGCGGCAGGCACGCGAGCCUUCAUUAAAACGCACGAACAAGGUCAAAAGUAUAAUAUCAACACGGACACUACAUUAUCGUAAUUCAUCAAUUCCAUUGUGUGUUUUAUUAGAGUAAACCGAACCCUAUUUUUUAAUAAUUUUUUUCUAUUGAACCGAGACUGUAAUAUUCGUUAGGGUCCUUCGCUAAUUCGAUUCUGCGAGACGAUCGAUGCGACUCGCGACAAGACUGAUAUAAGUCUGAUUCCUACAAUAUGCUUUUAGAUCAUUCUAAUCAAUAAUUUCUGGGGUUCCAUUAACUAUUUUCGAUCAAUAAUCUAAUUGGUUAAUAGUUGAAUGGCCACUAGCAAUGUCAAAAUGUGCUAUAUGAAAACAUUUGCUCCCUAAAUUCCAUCCCUUAAAUAUUUCGGUUGUGGCCGAAUCUCAUGGUAUAAUAUCAAAACGUUCGAUUUAGAUGAUUUAGUCAUAGUUGUAAAGGUCGAUUCAGACUGAUCGAGAAAAACAACAUGAAAAGUCAAGAUCCAUAGAAUUUACGCAGCAGAGGAAAUUUAUCUUCAACUGUGAAGAAAUAGGGUUCAAUAUGACCGUCGUAUCAGUUUGGGUUGCCAUAGUCUUCGAUCAAGGUAUAUCUUAACGCAAUUAUAUUGUUGUGAUUAUUAUGAAUGAAGUAAUUUCUCAUGCUAGUGCAUAUUAUGUACGAUCUAUUAUAAUAGACUUAGUAUUAGUGUUGUAUUGGUAAUUAUAUAUACAUAUGUGCAAUGCAUUUAAUGUGCUAUCUUUUUCUGUUGAUUUUUAUUCAUUUUUUUAUUAUGAUUUUGACAAGAAUUUUUGACAGGUUUCGAAACUGCAAGUGCGCUCAAUGACAAACGUCAAAAAAUCAAAUUUAAUUUUUAGAUAUAUCUACCCUCAGUUUAUAUUAGUCUGUCAGAUCUCAAGAGCAGGACAGAAGGGAAACGCGCUUGCGUCCUAGAAUUUAUUUUGUAUUUCUUAGUAUGAAUUUCUCGUGGAACCAGUUUCAAUAUUAUUUCAAUAGAUGUCGCUCCUACAGUUAUAUUAAUAAUUAUUGACAAUAGCAAUUUUCUCCUGUUGUGCAUUCAACAUAGCAUUUAGCGAUUAGUCUGUGAGCAGAAUUUUCUAUAAUCGUUUUAAAUUAAUAUCAAUCACAUAUAAACUAGUUCGUAUUUGUAUCCUCUAUUGUGAACAAUUUGCACCUUCGACUUUAGAAAUAUCUAAAAAUAAGAUUCCAUUAUUUUUAUUCAUUUAUAUUAUUUUGUAAUUAUUUAUUGCUAAAUUGUACAUAUAUUUUUGUUAUUUAAUUUUACGUUAAAAUGAUUUUGGAUAAUGCUUAAGCUUAAUGUUGUUUUGACUACAAAGUCAAGUAUAUUAUAACUUUAAAAGAAGAAUAUUCCUUUAGUUACGUUUAUAUAAUUUCUAUGGUUAUAAAGAAAUGUAGUCAUCUUUGAUAAGUAUACAAGUAGUGUAAGGUCAAUGAACAAACUUUGAGGUCGUUUUAAAAAGGGCAUCGGCUAUACGAUAUCUACUGUUCAAAAAUAUAUUCUGUCUUCUUGACAUUAAGAUUCAAUUUUGCUCGUCGGUCAAAUAAUGCUACCGGGUAUCUUUCUCGGGCUUUGUGUCAUAAAUUAUCGAAUCGAGGUCCUUUGUAAAACGUCCUUGUUUUCGUAUUUGUAAUCUUAUAUUGUAAUUGAUAGUGUACGUUUUUUUUUUUCUUGAACGUUACGAUUAAUGGCGUUGGUAUUUCGGAGGGAAGGCACGGUCCGCUUUGGGAAGUCAGUUUAGGCUGUGAACACACCGCAUGACCGUACGUACUGCCGUAUGGAGCGCAAGUGCCACGGAAUGUAAUAGAAAAACGAGUAUACUUGUAAUAUUAUAAUAUUGAUGUAUCCAUUUCGUAUAUUAAAUUAGUAGAAUUUUAAUAACCGUCAUGAACGUUGUCUUAGCUGAAUAUUUAAUGUUAUUUCGGUGUCCACAGUAAAUGAAGCUUAUACAGAAAGAUAAGAUCUUGUCACUUACUUCAGUUGGGUUUGAUGGUGUUUCAUUUUUGUUAUUAGAAUUUGAUAAUAAAAGUGCUUGAUGGAAGCGAGAAUUCAGUCGUUGUGUACUUGGACCGCUGUGCACGCAUCACUGCGUCACUGUUUACGCACAAAAUUUGAAAUAGUCGACUCCACGCCGAUUUAAUGUAUUGAAAACGCCAAACGAAAUAAUUUGGAUUCUAUGACAGCUUGUAAAAGAAUAAUGAAUGUAUGUGAUUCUUUCUGGAAAAUAAAUAAACAAAUAAAAAAAAUCAUUA